AUGGAGGUGGGAGUUCGUAUCCUUGGAGUGGUGCUGAGGUUACUUAACCUGCUACUUGCUCCAUUAUUCUGGUUGAGAGCUCGCGACAGACGCGCGUUGACACCACCCAAGCCGCUGCUGUUGCGCAGCGCUAAGGAACAUGCUGCAGCCGUGCGAAACGGAGAGAUUACCAGUGAAGAAUUGGUGACAGUUUACAUCGAACGAGUGAAAGAAGUAAAUCCUUUAUUGAACGCGGUUGUAGAGGAACGGUAUAGAGCUGCAUUGGAGGACGCCAAGGAAGUAGACCGGAAGAUACAGGAGGCAAAGGAUAAUGGUGUACUGGUGCAAUUCGUACAGAACAAACCUCUUCUAGGAGUUCCUUUUACUGUUAAGGAAAGCUGCUCUCUUGCUGGUUUGUCAAACGCCGUAGGCUGCUUAGAAUUCGCAGGCCGAAAAGCAACCAACGAUGGAGAGGCGGUCCGAUUAGUGAAGCAGGCUGGUGGUAUUCCCCUGCUUGUUUCGAAUACGCCGGAACUAUGCCUGGGAUGGGAGACAACUAAUUUGCUGCGGGGUACUACUAACAACCCCUACUGCCUUGAUAGAACGCCCGGUGGGUCUUCUGGUGGAGAGUUGCACGAUACGCGGGUGGCAUAG